AUGGAAAGCUUGAUCGCAAAGAUUCAGCAGGAGGCUGCUUCGGCCAGUUAUGUAGCGCGGAAAAAGCUUCUAGACACCUUGCGAGACCUGCAAUACAGCAUCGAGGCCCCCGAGGAUGCUAUGCAGAGAGUGAUUCACAUGAACCUUCAUUUUGCUUCUAUUCGCACGGCUCUUGACUUGAAUAUCUUCAACGAUAUUCUUGACAGCGCCGAGCCCUCGACUAUCGAUCAAUUAGCAGCCAAGCACUCUGUAGACCCUUUGCUUCUUGGUCGUAUUCUGCGUUAUCUCGCAUCUCUUGGCGUGAUUAAAGAAGCCGGUAGAGAUACCUUUGCAGCAACACCUUAUACAUCCAAUCUCGCAAGACCCGAGAUUCAGGCCGGAUUGUAUGUCUACUUUGAUAUGUGCAACCCAACAUAUCAGGAAAUGCCUCGCUACCUGAAGGAAACUGGUUACAAGAACCCUACAAGUUUCACAGACGGCAUUUUCCAAAGAGCUCACAAUACCGACCUGCACACAUUUGCCUUCGUCCACGGCGAUCCGGUGCGAAGUGCUCACUUCAAUCACUUCAUGAAAGCACAGCGCGGUUCCCAGAUCAAAUGCUUCGGUCUUUACCCCUUUGAAGAGGAAAGCAAGGGCUGGCCAUCCGACAAGCCCUUGUUUGUGGACGUUGGUGGCGGCGCUGGUUAUCAAACUGCCGCCUUCAAGGAGCAAUUUCCGAAUCUGCCUGGUCGUUUGAUUUUGCAGGACCUGCCGGAGCCAGUCAAGGAUGCUGAAGCGGUGGUCUCCAAGGAUGUAGAGAGAAUGGUGCACAACUUCUUUGAACCACAGCCAAUCAAGGGUGCCAAGUUCUACUACUUGCGAAUGAUUUUGCACGACCACACCGACGAAAAUAGCAAGAAGAUUCUCAGUAAUCUAGUACCGGCUUUGGAAAAGGAUUCUCUUAUUCUGCUCGAUGAAAUGGUUUUGCCUGCUGAGCAUGUGGAUGAGCCGUCCACGCAAGCGGAUCUGACCAUGAUGACCUUCCAUAGCUCGAUGGAGCGAUCGGAAGAGCAAUGGGCAAAGCUUGCAGGAGCGGUAGGACUCAAGAUCAAGAAGGUUGUUCUGUAUGCACCCGGUUUCAACCUGGGAGUUGUUGCAUGUGGUCUUUGA